CUGUCGAGUAACGAAGGGGAGGGCAAGGAGGCGGAGGCCAUUUUACCCAUCCAGUUUCCCAAGGCAAAGAGAAAGGGAAAAGCACCAAAGCAGAGAACUGCGUGAAUCCAUCUGUUUAAAACCUUAACGCUGACAGCUUCCUUAAUCAGCACUCUUGUUUUUAAAAACCAUAAUAUAAAAUGAACUGUGACUUGUGAUUUUUAACGCAAUAAGGAUUACUAAAGGAGAUAAAAUAUGAAGAAAGGCACUUUUAAUCAUUUUCUGGGUCGGAAGAACCAGUCGCUCUUCGACACCAAAAUUGAAAUUAAGGAUCUCGACAAUGUAGAAUUGGUGUUGGACUCCUCUGCUAUCCCUGAGUCAGGCACAGCCAAAGUGAGGGCCAGACCGACAGUCAAACAUUACAAUUCACAGUACAGCACACCCUCCUCAGAUGUCGUGCAAGGGUUCGCCGUCCCAACCCCGAAAGUGCCCCUUCUGCCCCCUGUCAAUGGACCAGCAGCAAAUGGGACAGGAAACCAAGGGAACCUCUCCAAUGGACAGUCCAUGGUUGUUCCUGACUUGGAAGAAGGGGAGAUAUUCAUUCCACCGCCCCCUUCCAUGGCACCUCCACCCCCUCCUUCAGUAUUCAUACCUCCCCCGGUUGAGUUCUCCUAUGAACCCCCCCAAUUUGAAGACCCAGCUUCCUUACAGCCACCACCCAUGCCUCCCCCGAAGCCCCCAUCACCAGCCCCCAGCCAAGAGCCUGACCUUGCCUCUCUUAAGCCCCCACCAAUGGCACCCCCAAAACCUCCCUCUGAUCCAUCCACUGCCAAAGUCUCUGCACCUAUUUCAACCCCACCGACUAAUGACCCACAUAUUACAGAGUGUCCCAAUUUUGCCCCUCCUCAACCCCCAAAGCCUUCUGUAGAGAGACCCACAGUUACACCGCCCAAGAGCCAGAAAGUUCCCCCUCCAAAGCCAACAAGGCUUUCCUCUAUAUCCAGCAUGGAGGGAUUGCCCUCAGUGCCAGCUCCAGCUCAUGUCCCCAUGCCUUCCAGCUUCAACCCCCAACAAACAGCCAAGAUCUACAACCUGCCUAAGACUAGCAUCCUGAGUGGGCAGCUGGACCGUGAGAAGAAGCAGAAGCCCAUCUUACUCCUACAGGACUCUGAUGCCACUGAUGCCAUCCCAGUCCAGGUAAAUGGGCAGGUGCCUUCAGACGCCAAGGGUCUUGACUCAGCCAAGCCCCUGGAGCCUCCUGCGAAGCCAGCCCGGAGAAACAGCAGUGGCAUCCAGCUGGAAAAGGAUCUGCAGGAGUUCAAGGAGAAUUUGCAGUCCGCUGUCCCUAGUGAGGCGACUAAGACCGACGCUUCGGAUGCCAUGCCACUGGAAGCAACUCAAGAUACUGACAAGCCUGCCCAAGCGCACCCUUCCCCAAUUCCUUCCCCCAAACUCGAGAAGGCACCGGCCAUCUCGCCUCCGUCAGAGACAAGCUUAGUCAUUCCCCAAGCUGAGUCACAUAGCAGGAGUUGUAAGUAUGCUCCAUAUGUCAGCCGCAAUCUGUACCACCGCAGAGCCAAUGAGACAUCUGCGUCGAGUUCCACCUCACCCAUGGCUCUCCUGCUGGCUGCUAAAGAGCGAGAAAAGCAAAGGUCCUCUCUGUCCAGGGAAAACAGUUCCAAAAGGAACAGUUACAGUGAGCCGAGCACAGUCAGUAUCCACCACAGUCAGUCCAUGCCCAACUCAUUCACAGUCGUUCCCAGGUCUACUUCAUUCUCAUCUGCGGGCUUGCGGGAAACUCCGGCCUCCACGAUUCCCUCCAGGCCCACAUCUGCCACCAGCCUGGUUGCAGAGCUCCUGGAGAAACAUGACACUGAGGCUGCCCCCACCACGCCAUCCCCUACCUGCGUCAAGGAUGAGGAGGAGGGAGAGGAGCUUUGUGUGCCCUUCAUCCCACCCCCUCCGGAAUUUGCCAACUCAGACACAGAGGAAGAGAGCUGCCCAGAGCCUCCCCCAAGCUUCCCUCCCCCCGACCCACCCACACAGAAGGUCAGUCCCUCCUCUUCAACUCCUGCAUCCCAGCCUCCCCAAGUAAAGGCUCCCACCCCUCCCCCAAAACCCAAGGCUGGAAAACCCCCAGCUCCUCCAAAGCUCCCUGUUCCAAAGCCCGAGGUUGAGGUGAAGCCAAAGCCAGUCUGCCAGGACAAACCGAAGCCAGCCCCUCCUCCUGCCCCCACCCCAGCAGCAUCCUCCCUUGCUGCCAGCCAGGCAACUCUGUUGAGCAUCUUGCAGAAGAAGAUGCUGGAGAUGGACCAGAAGCACUCAUUCAAGGAGGUCAACAGCAGCAACGACGACUGGGGCUCGCCGUUGUCAGACGAGGAGAGCGCAGUUCCGGCCAAGCCCAGCCCCUUGCCAAAAAGCAAGAGCGCAAACACCCUUUCAGCCCCACCCUCGAAGGCCCCUGGCCUGGACAUGAAAGAACUGGAGAGAAAAGUUGCCAAAAAAGCUCAGGACUUGUCCAACUCUGCAAAAUCUGCCACCAGCAAUGGGUCACAGUCAAAGCAGCCUUAUGGCAUGACCUUUACAGUACGACCGGGAAGCAAACAACCCAUCACCCCUGUCACCAGAGGGGAGUCUCCUUGAGGACACAGAGAGCGUUCCGGGCCAUUCCUGACCUGCACGUGUGACAUUUGAACUUGUCUUACCCCCACAAUCUGUCUGUCACAGGAACAGACAGUGUGAAGAAAAUAUGUACUGCUGCAAAGAUGGGGGCAAUUAACCAAGUUAACUAAAGAACUAAUAGCACUUACAAGAAGGAUUGAGAUUUUAACCACUCCAUAAAGAGAGGAUCCUGAGAACGUGCACGAUUCUUAUUAUUCUUUAAGCUAAAUCUGAACAACAUGUUGCUUAACCUUAAAAGGUUUCGGUCUAAUUGUAUGUGCCUAUGAUCAAAGUGCCAAGUCUUUGGACCAUGUCAGCUCUGCUUUCGGCAAUAUACCUGAUAACCUUGGCUGCUGCAGUUUUUAUCAGCAUGACUAGUAAACACUGGCUCAUUGUUAUGACAAGAGGAAAUCAGAUACAGUCCCUGUGGGCAAACUACUGCCCAGACUGUGUUUGGAAAUGUGUAUCGUUUUUGUAACCAGAUCUCUGCUGUUGAAAUCAAGGUGAAAGUUUUAUUUAUAACCUCCUGAUUCCACUCGUUCUUCAGUCAUUCAAAUGUAAAUACGAGGGUUUUCUCACUGCUGGGUUGGGGGGGGUUUAAGACGCUGCUGUAGAAAUGCAAAGGAUCUGACAGGAAUCAAAAGAUGUCUAGAAAUCAGAAAUGGUGACGAUUUGUCCCUAGCUCUUUGGGAUGCAUCAUCAGUGGUUACAUCGCAAUGUUUACAAUGAAGGUGGGGCAAGUAUUGAACAUUACCAAGACAUGAAGUAAAUGACUUCUGGACAGGAAGUUGAAGUGUUACUGUCGGGAUAGGUUUUGCCCAAACAUGUGACAAAUAGUUUGCAUGCGUUUGGUCAUAUUUUAUCUCGAGCAAUUCCUACAUGGAUAAACUGUAAACUGUAAAAAAAAAAAAAGAUGUAAGAGGCUGUCUGCAGUGGGGGUUUCGCUGGUAAUACCCUGUGCAUGCUGUUGUGUAUAUCCAGGAUAUUAAA